UACGAGCAAAGUUUAUCGUUUCAUCCCGUCCAGAUGUUUCACAAUGAAAAGCUGCAGCAUCGCACUGUUAGACGGAAACGCCAACAUGGAUGGAGCUCCAGGAGGCGGAUGCGAAGCUUUCCACAAAGUGCUUACCAUUUUCAGAUGGGGGAACGCAAAGCCAACUCACGUCGCAUGCGAUCGUCCGGAGAUUUAGAUGGAAAAUUGCAAACAUCUCAUCGAUCUGCAUUUUCGGAGCCGGAGAUUUCCAUACAUCGAUUGCUAAUUCGUCCGGCAAUCGUAGAAUUGGACGAAGGUACAAUUAGGGCACGGCUGAGAUAUGUGAUACAACUGCACAAGAAGAUGACUGGAUAUUAUCGACUAAUCUUGGAAGCACGCAUCACUCCGGACUUUCCACCCAUAUAUGUCGGGAAAGUACAAAACGUAUGUGCACAUUGGCCUGCCAACACAGCUCACUCAGGAUGCGAUGCACGGAUUCCACGCUUCUACCAGAAUGGCCAUGUCUGCUUCUGUCAUAUGUCUCCCGGUGUGUAUCAACAACGCCUUCGCCUCAAUAUGCCCAACGUUUUGGAUGGUCUGGAGGUGCCGAGGUUUCUGGUAAAUAUAUUAUUCAGCGAAAAGGUAUUUGACAUAUACCUGACCCUGAGACUUGAAAAAUCCAAAGGUGAACUUGCCGGAUGUGUUCAAGUCAAAAUCCCUCUCUCCUUGUCUUCAACGUGAAGUUACUAUCCAUUUGCAACCGCAUGGACUGUAAGGCUCUUAUAGUUGCCAUGACGGAUGCAAUGUGUUCCUAAC